AUGACCUGCCCGUCUGCAAAUCUCCGAGCGGCCGUUUUAUCAUCCGACCAUGACGAUAGAGCAUCUUUCCUAUCGCCCUCGACUUCGACUUCAUCGAAAGGCGGCAAGUCCAUAUCGCCAGCAAAGCCCGCGUCGAACGGCUUAUCAUCGGCAGAUGUUGCUGGGAUUGUGCUCGGAGUACUUGCCAUUGUGGUCUUGAUCGUGGGACUUGCGUUGUGGCGGCGUCGUGAAUGGCCUUUCAAGUCCUCUAAGCCAGAAAUUACGGACACCUCCUCCACAAGGUCGGCAAAGGAGAGCUUGAUAGACAGUCCAAAAACACCAUGGACGGCCCAUACGAACUUGCCUGUUGUUCACACCGUCUCGCCAAUAAAUGAUCCUCGGUCUGCCGUCUCGAAGUAUAAAUCUGCUGGAAAUGACAGUCCCAAUUCACAGUGGGGCCUGCCACACCACACACCACCGCCGCCUCCAUUUUUUCACCCGCAUCAUGACAAUUCACGACCCUGGCCUUUCCAGAAUCCUUACCAUACAUACUCCAGCCCACCAUAUAAUUUAACCAACCAAAAUACGUGGCCAGAUCGGCAGUCUGUCCACGAGCUACUGGCCGAGGUCCAGAGCACCGACACCGAACUUCCGGCGAAGGAGCGGGUGCAAGAGUUGAGGGCGUCUUGUGUUGUGCAGCCGCUGCGUCCACCUCCGUCUCUGAAAACGGCUCGUUCCCCCGGAGUGCCCGACUCGCCCACUUUGGGUCCAGGAAUGAAAGCCAAUGGAGAGAACCGGAAGGCUCGUGCUGCCAAGGACGGCCGUGCUGCUGAUACCACACCAAUGGAUGCACCCACGGCGGUGGUUUUAAAACCACAUCAAGGGCCUGUUGGAUUUCACAAGAAGAUGCAACCAAACACAUCCUUUGACAGCACAAACGUAAUAUGA